CUCCAGCUGUGAGAGCGCUGUAGAGAAAACAUGGACAGCUAUGAGGAUUUCUGCGCACGCAUUCUGUAUGAACUGCAGUCGGAAAUGAUGCGCGAGAAGAGCUGCAGUACCGCACCUGAUCGAGGGGUGGCGCACUCGCUCAUCUGCUUUCAUGGCAGGCCGCUUUUGUCUCCUGUUCUAAGUGAGAAACAAAGAAGGGAGAUGGUUGAAUACAGGAAAAGAGCAAAACAAGUGGAGGCCGAGAAACAGGUUCAUUACAACAAAAAACUCCUCAAUCAGAUUCAGACCAUUCUUUGGACUGAUAAGGCACCAAAAAUAUUGGACGUGCCAAAGCUUUCAGAGCAGUGCCUGUCCCCGUCAACAAAAACAGACUACAGGAAUGGUUUUACAGUACUUGAUACUGCAAAUCUUACACCUACUGGGGCCACAGAGCCGUACAUUUUCUCUAGCAAGCAACCAGUGAGCCCUUCAGCUGAGCUGCCUGCUGUGAUGAGAGAAACGUCUGCAGAAGAAAAACAAAUGCAAGAGGAAACUGAAACAGAAGGAGUUUGUCUGCGGAACCUACUGAAGAAAUCACGUGAAUUCAUCCAAAAAGAGCAAGGUAAACAGGGGUCGAAGGUCAUCAGCAACAAAAUGGUUGAUCCAAGCAGGAUACUCUCUGAAAGCCCAUCGGAUAAAGAACAUGGCAGUUCUUUGGAUGGGACUGCAUCUGGUUUACCCUUUUAUAUUUCCUCACCAAACCAAACCUCUCCCGGUAACCUGACAAGCCCAGAACCUGGUGCCAGUUUAAAUGCCAGACCCCACCGCGGACGUCCUCGUCCCAUUUCUACUGGCAGCAUCUUCUUUUCUUUCCCUGAAAACCCCAACCAACUGAACAUUACAGCGCACGCAAUGCCACAGGAAGUCAAAACAAUUGCGACGCAGGAAAGGAUGCUACUCGGAGUGGAAAAUGUGAGUAUGGGUGGAUAUGAUGAUUACUCCGGGUUGAACGAGACCGUGGGACGAUUAGAAACUUCUCCAGUGGAUCCUGAGCUCACAAGCCCUCUGUUUCGAAGGAGAUGCCACACGCUGGAUAGCCAUCUGUCCUCACGUCAUCAGAGUCCAGUCAUAGACCGGAGCCAGGAGAGAAUGCCUCAGUUUAUGGCCGGGGUCACUGCGAGAACGCCCACUCGACUGUCUCCUCCUUCACCGAUGAACAAGACUUUCACACGGGACAGUCCCGUAGCAGCAUUUAUGGGGUCCGGAAUCACCCCGGACUCUCCUUCUUGUGCCAAACUACCUUUUGAGACCGAAAGAAACAGUGUUAUUUUCACAGCUCUGAAAGAAAGGAGAACAGAUGAGAUGCAAUGGCAAGUCCACGCUCUAGAAGACAUGCAGAGGUCUCUGGAGGACGAUUAUGCUUUCCGGAUGUCAUGUCUGAUGGCAGAGCAAGAGAGAGAGCAACUGCACCUCAGUCAGGAGUCGGAGGAGUGGGUCAGGAGACUGAGGGGUCAGGGUGGUCUGAGUCCUGUAGCAGGCGAGGACGGGUGUGAAUUAAGGGCUGGUGAACGUUACCCUAUACUGAGCCCCAUGUGCUCUUUAAGCCCAGGAGACAGAUCACCAAGACACCCUGUGCCAACCAUUGGUAUUAUUUCAUUAUUUCAGCCCAUGAUUAAUGUCUUAAAUUUGCUACCACUAUGUUUAAAUGGACUGGACUCUCACGGUUUGUAACUGGUCACGCAGGUUGUAACAGCGGAGCAGCAGAGGGCGCUGUGUCACCUCACUGCCAUUGUGAAGGGCUUCCUCAUCAGACGACUGCUGAAAACAGAGAAAGUCAAACACCUGCGUCAAACCAUACAAGACACGCAAGAGUUUAUUCGUUCAUUCAGCACUGGCGCUCCUCAGAGAAACGACUCUCUGUCAGAGCUGGAUCUCUCUCUGCACGAGCGCGUCAGAGCUCAGUUACGUGCGGCCUUGUUUGACGUUCAUGAUAUCUUCUUCACAACGACUCCAGAGGAGCGUCUGUCUCUGCUGCAACAAGACCGAGAGCUGCGCACCGAGAGAAAACUCCGAGAGAUGGAAAAAGCAAAAAGCCCCAAGGACAAGGUGAUUUUGUCUGCUGCUACCCAGAAAUCUCUUGAUCGAAAGAAAAGGUGGAUCCUGCAGCCCAGUCAGGGCCAGAGCGCUCCCGUUUCAGGCCAGCAACUCCUGCGCCGUGGCAGUUACAAGAAGACUCCAGAGGAGAGAGUUCAGCAUUCUGAGAGGCUGAAGAAACAGCAUUCACUGGGUUGACCUCAUAUAGUUAUGAACGGAAUAUGAAAAAUAAUAUUGUGCUAAUCAUACUUCUAAAAAUACUCCCCUGCUAGCCUGCCAUCUCAUUAAAUGAUGGCUAUUAAAUGUCAUUGAUAUCUAGUUAUUCCCAUUAUUCUACUACAUACUGCAUAUGAAUAUAGAAUUAGAUAUUUGUUUGUUUCUUAUGGGUUACAAAACUAAUUAUAAUCCACAUAGUUAUACUAAAUUACCCUUGUAGAUAUUAUUACAAAUUCUGUAAAUGUGGGACUACCGGUUUUCCAAAUAACAGAAGCCUGCAUUGACAAAGAGAAAAGUUAAUGCUGCUUUAAUGCUAUAAAUUCAUAUCAAACUGUCAGUAAUAUUGACAGAAUGUGAAAUAGUAGAAUAAGAAUACAUGUCUAUGAAGGGUACAGGCAUUUCCCCAGAAGUUAAUAGAUUGUAUUUGAUCAACUAGCGCUUCAACUGAAUGUGUGUUGUUUUUAAUCAUAAAACUUGACUAUUUAUAACUAGAAUCAUAUCAGUUGUUUAUGAAUGUAUUUGCUCUUGCCUUGUAUACUUAAGAAGCACUUGACACAUUUGUGGUAAGAAAUGAA